UUGAUAUAAAUAUCGUGCGGUACACAAAUUUUGGCGCUGUUGGAAUUGAUGAGCGAGCGAGCGAGCGAUGCAGCGUCUUCAACUCAAAGCUCUACUUAUAUGGCCGACUUUCCGCUGUUCUUUUCGCGCCAAUAUUCAUUCUCAAAGCGUCAAGCUAAAUUCGUCUUCGUCUUCGUCUUCGUCGUCUUCUUCUUUAGAAUACACGCCGUGGUCUGGUCUGAAAGCUUGGAGGCAGAGCCCUAUAAAUGAGAAUCGAUUUUGGGGAAGCAAUGGACCAGAGGCUUUGGUUGAAUCAUCAUCAAAUGGGUUUCUCUUCGACAGCCGAAUUGAAUCGGCGUCGUCUCUUGCAGAGUUGGGUGCUUUGGUUCUUUCUACCAGUGAUCCUUUGAUCAAAUCCAGGCUCUCGCAUCUCGCUUACUCCAGAUGGUCUCUCGAAGAUCUUCCGAUUGGUGUUUUCGAAGCUCCUCGUCGUCCUGCUCGACCUCCUCAACCCAAAUUGGUCUCUCCAAGGGAAAUUCCGGCUCCCAAAAACUCGGGGUUGCCUCUGAAUGCUUAUAUGCUGCACAAUCUUGCUCAUGUUGAGCUUAAUGCAAUUGAUUUGGCAUGGGACACGGUUGUUCGAUUUUCGUGCUUCAGUGAAGUUCUUGGUGAGGGGUUUUUUGCUGAUUUUGCUCAUGUUGCUGAUGAUGAGAGCCGUCAUUUUACAUGGUGUUCACAGAGACUUGCUGAACUUGGAUUCAAAUAUGGAGAUAUGGCUGCUCAUAAUUUGCUUUGGAGGGAGUGUGAGAAAUCAUCUGACAAUGUAGCUGCACGCUUGGCUGCAAUCCCGCUUGUCCAGGAAGCUAGAGGACUUGAUGCUGGGCCUCGACUAGUGAAGAAACUAAUAGGCUUCGGGGAUCAUAGAACAUCUGACAUUGUAGCUAGAAUUGCUGACGAAGAAGUUGCACAUGUUGCUGUUGGUAUCGACUGGUUCAUCCUCGUCUGUCAGAAAAUGGAACGCGCUCCAUGCUCCACUUUUAAAGACUUGUUAAAAGAAUACAAUGUGGAACUUAAAGGGCCUUUCAAUUAUUCAGCUCGAGACGAAGCCGGCCUUCCACGUGAUUGGUAUGACAUGUCGAACACGAACAAACAGGAUGAGACAAGUGGAGGAGCUAAAAAUGAACAACUAUCUGUGGUUUACAAUAGGCUUGCUUCCGUAAUAUCCAUGGAGAGCAAGAACUCUGGGCCCUCAGAAUGAGUUGUUUGAUUGGCCUUCUUCCUGUGUUCUUGGAAGACAUCGCUGUUAUUGCAUGCUGCUUGGUU